AUGCUACUUAUCUCAACUUCCGAGGUCUGGCAGAAGUGCCAUGGAGAAGAUGGAAAGAUGAUCAAGGCUAUCUUCUCUCUGGCUCGAAAACUAUACCCCUGCAUCGUUCUCGUUGAUGAAGCUGAUGCAAUGCUUAGUGCGCGCAAAGCUGGCGAGAAGAGACAUAUCAGGUCGAUGCUGAAUCAGUUUCUCAUGGAGUGGGACGGCUUGAUUACGGACACAAGAGCUCCCUUCGUUUUACUUGCUACAAAUACGCCGUUCGACUUGGACCCAGCCGUUCCUCGACGAGCACCUGUGCAAAUACAUCUCAACAUUCCCACGCAGGACGAGCGAACCGGGAUACUUGGCUUGUUGCUCGAGGAUGAAACGCUGCAGCACAUCAACACAGAUCAUAUCGCCAAGUUAACCCCGAACUACACUGGGUCAGAUCUUAAGAAUCUCUGCGUCAUGGCUGCUACCAACUGUGUGAGCUCACAAUUGAGCGAUACGACCGAACGUAUCUUGACGAGAGAACACUUCUACACGGCAAUCCAGACUAUCAGCGCGACCAACAUAGGCAGAGUGAGUGCGAACGAAUUCAAAAGAUUCGAGGAACGACUGCAGGGGAAUGGCGAGGGCCCAGCGAGAGAUGCGGACGAAGACUAG